AUGGAAUCAUCCAAGAUUUACGAUCAAGUCCGCGAGCACUACAGCUCGGCAUUACGCAGUACCGGCGUUAAGUACGGCGAGGCUGUGGCUAAAUCCCUUGGCUACAGCGCAGACGAGCCGGCCAAUAUCCCCAAGGAUGCUAACCUCGGCCUGAGCUGCGGCAACCCUUUGGCUAUUGCCAUCAUCGGCCUGGGCAGCGGCGCGGGCUUCGACGUCUUCCUGGCCUCCACUAAAGUCGGUCCUUCCGGCCGUGCAAUCGGCAUCGACAUGAACGAUGUGCGCUAA